GCUCUGAUAAUACAGCCAAGGGAUCAAAAUUGCUGCAUCUACAUAUAGAGUGCAUUAUCUCAGUGUAGACACCCUGAUAUUCCUGGGCUAUAUGGAACAAUCGGUGUUUUUCAAAUGGCCAUGGCUUUUUGGGCGGCAAAAUCAAAUGAACCGCCAAUUUUCACGAGAGCGAAAUAUGUUUGAACACGAAAGUAAAUCAGUAAAAGUUCACAAAAGAAUUUGAGUGCGGAGUACUGAUGGUUAUAUAUUGACCAUCAUAUGUGUGACAUGCGUUUCCAUUACAACACAUUGUAUGUACCGCCAGCUAUCAGCGUUCAAUAGUAUUGUAUUCGUUAAAUAGUAAUUGUAUUGUUCUGCAGAACUAUAUAAACCAUACGGAAACAUGUCACAUUCACAAGAAGAUACACAGGGAAGCCCGAAGAGGGUGAAGGUCGAUGCGACGGUCGAGGCGAGCACGAGUGCCGCAGACGAUACCAGCGCGAGAGCAGUUGUAGACAAACUCAGCGCGAAAGCCGAUGCUGAGGUCAAAAUAGUUGAGAUGAUGGACUGUCUGCGACGUGUCGGACAACAAUGCGGCAAUGAAGAUGAGCUCAAAACUGCACUGAAGACUCUGGCUCUCUACGUAACAAAUCUAAUCGAGAACCCCACAGACUUCUCUUUCCGGACGAUAAACCUCCGCAAUGUAAAAUUCCACGACCGAGUAGGACGAUUCAGCGCUGCUAUUGAUUUUCUAAAGCUCACUGGAUUCCAGGAGCUGAAAGCUGACACAAAAGAGGGCGAACCUGUGAAGGAGUCAUUGGUCAUUGAAGAUGUGCACGUGAUGCUCAUGGCUUUUGCGAAAAUCACUGUAGACGCAUGUAUGAAAGAGUACGGGGUCGGCGAUGAAUCAAAUAAGGGAAAGGAAAAGGCUGCAGCAGACACAGCCGGAAUAACAUAUGAAGAUUACGACAGCGAAGUUGACGUCGAUGAUGAAGAUGAUGGGCACGACGACACGUGCGCCAAAUGCUUUACAGAGGGUGAGCUGAUAAUGUGCGAGGCGUGUCCGAACUCGUACCACCUGGGGUGCUGUAUGCCCCCGUUGGAGUCCGUGCCAGAGGGUGACUGGUAUUGUGGCGUAUGCACUAUGACGCGCGAGAGUACUGGGGAGCCACAGAACACCAGUGCUUCUUCAGACAAGAAUAUUCCUGCUUUCGUGAAACCUGACGAGGGAAGCGCGAGUAGUAGUGGCAGCAGCAAUAACGUUACAAGUGUAUGCUCCCGAGCAGAUACACAGACAGACGUUGCAGUUCAGGAAGCACCAACAGACAGUCAAGAGGCACCUUUGAUAAGCCAAGAUGCCGCUCCAGAUAGUCAGAAAGUAACUGCGAGUAGCCAGGAUGUAUCAACAGAGAGCAAAGUGAGCGUGCCGGUCAACACUGCGCCACAAUCAGCUGCUAACGCCGAAGAUGCCGCGCGACGCGUGACAUAAUGAGCAUAGUGGCUGGCUAUGGGCUAUCCGGAGGAGCUGGUCAGAGAAAUCUACCAAAGGGAGAAUCGGGAUAUUAAUCGCACCAUUGAUAUGUUGGUUAAUACAUUCGGCGCAACUGUUGAAAAAGAAAUUAUGCUGCCGAAUUAAAUAUCACCGCGUCAGACAAAAGAAUACUGUCAAAAAUAAGAUUUUUUUCAAAAAAUAAACAGAUCUCGCUC